AUGGCUGUGAUCAAUAUGAAGAUUUUUGACGUUAUCCCGGUGCGACUCAACCUGUGGAUAAUGAUUUUUACAAGUUGCUGGGUAAUCUACAUGCUUCGUGUGAACAUGAGCUUGAACCUGAUCGCUAUGGUGCCACAGCCAGCUAAAAAUAUUUCGUCCAGAUCUCAGUGCGGGGCCAAGAACGAUAUGCUGAAUGAAUCUUUUCGGCACAUUGACAUCGCUGAUGUGAGAGAAGCUCCUCGAGAAGUUUUGGGUGGAACUUUCAAUUGGUCCGCAAAUCAGCAGGCUAUGAUUCUGGGAUCGUAUUUUUGGUGUUAUCCUAUUACGUCCCUGGUGGGUGGGAUGGCAGCAGAGAGAUGGGGUCCAAGAUACGUAGUUUUAAUUACUUCGCUUGCAAGUGCGAUAUUGACUGCACUGAGUCCACUUGCUGCAAGGCUCGAUUAUGUUGCAUUGGUUAUUGUACGAUUUUUCCUUGGAUUUGCUGGGGGUUUCAUAUAUCCCGCUCUUCACGUUUUGGUGGCCCGUUGGGCUCCUCCAGAAGAAAAGGGGAAAUUUAUUAGCGCCUUGAUGGGAGGAACUCUAGGAACAGUAGUCACGUGGUCCCUGACUGGACCAUUGUUGGAGAGAUAUGGAUGGGCAUCAGCUUUCUACGUACCGGCUGCUUUGACAUUUAUUUGGUGUGGGUUUUGGUGGUAUCUUGUAGCUGAUACACCUACUGACCAUCCAAGAAUUACUGUAACAGAAAAGAAAUAUAUUAUAGACGCACUAGGUGACAAGAUCAAGAAAUCGAAGGGGCUACCACCGUUCAAAAGUAUUUGUACCUCGUUCCCAUUCCUGGCCAUGGUUGUCUUACAUUUCGGAAACCUGUGGGGCUUAUAUUUCAUAAUGACUGUUGGACCGAAAUUCGUAUCAAGUGUUCUUGGAUUUGAAUUAUCCGCAGCUGGAAUCAUAUCUGCCCUGCCUUAUCUUGCGAGAUUAUUCUUGGCUACAAUAUUUGGAGCUAUCGGGGAUUGCAUAUUAUCGAGAAAACUUAUGACAACAACAGUUAUAAGGAAAUUCUUCUGUUUAUUCUCACACAUAAUUCCUGGUAUUCUUCUUGUUUUGUUGAUAUACACCGGAUGUUCUACUGCCUUGUCAGUGACGAUGAUUACGAUGUCUAUGGGUUUUAAUGGUGCAGCUACUUUAACGAAUCUCCAAAACCAUCAAGACCUUGCUCCUAAUUAUGCUGGAACUUUGUAUGGAAUAGCCAACUUCAUAGGCAGCACAGCUGGCUUUUUCACUCCCAUGAUAACUGCAUACUUUACAAAAACCGGGGAUAGCUUUGAGCAAUGGCGACCAGUUUUCUUUAUAGGUGCAUCUGUUUAUAUUGUUUCUGCUGUAUUUUUCAUUCUAUUUGGUUCGGGAAACACACAACACUGGAAUUAUGUGGAAAUGAAAAAGAAUGAAGGAAAAGAAGAAAGAGCCAAGUCCGAUGAUCUGAAUGACAUGAACGAUGCUUCCAAAAAUGGUUACACUAAGGAUAUGAAAGAGAAUCCUACUAGUAUAACUACUAGAGCC